UCCCCAAGCAGGCAACGUUACCUCGGGAAAAAAGAGGGUAUCCGUAGAUCUACAAAUUUUUCGGCAACGUAUUAAUCAAAUUAUAUAUUUUUUAAAUGUCCGGAUGCUCUGAACCUCACGAGAGAGAACAGAGACAGAGAGAGUGAGGAAGAGAGAGAUGGGCCUCCUCUCCUGCAGGUUGGACAGAUCGGAGAUGAAGGCGGGAGACCACAUCUACACUUGGAGAGCUCUCUACACCUACUCCCAUCACGGCAUUUAUGUUGGGGGUCACAAGGUGGUUCACUUCACCAGGAAGAAGGAAACAUCAUCAUCAUCAAGCAGUGAUUCAUCAUCAUUUAUCUCCUCCAGUUCAAAACCAGAGCCCCCUUCAACCUGUCCCACCUUCCCAGAUUGUGGAUUCCGCCAGCCUGACAGCAGCGUCAUCCUCUCUUGCCUCGACUGCUUUCUGGACAAAGGAUCUCUCUACUGCUUUGAGUAUGGAGUGCCACUGCCCAUGUUUCUCGCUAAAGUUCGGGGUGGCACUUGUACAACCGCUUGCUCCGAUCCUCCGACAACUGUGAUCCAUCGAGCAAUGUACCUCCUUCAGAAUGGUUUUGGAAAUUACGACUUGUUUGAGAAUAACUGUGAGGAUUUUGCACUCUAUUGCAAGACGGGCCUUCUGCCCAUUGAUGAUCAGGGAAUAGGAAGGAGCGGGCAGGCUUCUUCAGUCGUUGGGAUUCCAUUAGCUGCUAUUUUUUCUAGCCCUUUUAAGCUGUUAAUGGCAGGGCCUGUUGGGAUGGCAACUGUGACUGCUGGCAUGUACUGUGCUGGUAGGUACAUCACUGAUAUUGGAGUUAGAAAGGAUGUGGUUAAGGUUGCUGUGGAGGAUUUGGCGGUGAGUUUAGGUUGGAAGCAGUCUUCCAAGGGGGGAACUGGUGAGGGUGAAGGUAUUCUCGAAGUGCAGUUGUGAUGGGAGAUUUGUUUGGAUUUGAAUAAAGUGAUGUAUUUCGAUCUGAUUGGAUUGUUCUACUUGUCAAGUAAGCUGUUCUUGGUUACUGUUAAGUGCUUGUGGUCUUGAGUGUAUGAAUUGUCGGAAUUGUAAUUAGAGUAGGAAAGGCAUUUUAAUAAAGAAGUUUUUAUGUUUA